AUGACCUCAGCCACCCAGGCAUUAAAGCUACUGCAAAGCUUGUAUCAGAUCGAUUUGUCUGGCCAAGUAUUCAAAAAGAUUGUUGUAACUGGGCUCAUACUUGUGAGCGAUGCCAACGUUGCAAGGUGGCCUGAGGUUCAUCCUUUAAAGGGGAUUACUGCAGAAAAAGUCGCCGAAGGUCUAGUCUCGUGCUGGUUUUCUCGUUAUGGCGCUCCUUCAAGAAUAACUACUGAUCGAGGCCGCCAAUUUGAAUCAUCCCUCUUCAAGUCCCUUGGAAAAACUUUCGGCUCUGAAAGAAUCAGGACUUGCAGUUACCAUCCCUGUGCAAAUGGAUUGGUGGAGAGAUUCCAUCGUCAUCUUAAAGCUUCACUGAUGUGUCAUCAUGAUUCAUCCUGGCUGGAAGCUCUUCUAAUUGUCCUAGGUAUAAGAAGUGCGUACCGUGAGGAUCUUCAAGCAUCAACGGCAGAAAUUGUUUUCGGACAACGGUUGAGACUUCCAGGAGAAUUGUUUGAUCUCCCUGUUGACAGACCCAGGCACGAAGAUCCUACUGAUUAUGUUGUACGACUCCAUCAACACAUGUCUUCAAUCAGACCUGUCCAAGCUUCACGCCACGUCAAACCCAAAACUUUUAUAUUUCAGGAUCUUAGAAAGUGCACCGAUGUUUUCCUAAGAGAUGACUCUGUGAAACGUGCUCUACAGCCUCCCUACAACGGACCAUGUCCUGUAAUUUCUCGUGAUGAAAAAUCCUUGGUAAUAUCACAGAAUGGCAAACAAGUGCAAGUGAGCUUAGACAGGGUGAAGCCUGCAUAUGUGUUACCUGACAAAUGUAAUCAUCCAACAAUCAAAGAGCCUCAAAAUAUACAAUCAUCAAACACAUCCCUCAAACCUCCAAACCCGGCAUCAUUGUUCAGAAACUUUACAACUUGA